CGACUCUAAGGACACGGGAAGACAUGGAUAUCCUAGAGGUAGAUGCUCAUUACAGGAGAAAGAGUGCAGCCAAUACAAGGAGCCUGCUGCUUAAACUGGUGCCUUUCCUGAUUUCCUGCGUUGUAUACUUUGCUUUGCUGCUGCCUGAGCCCAGCGUGCUGAGCACCGUCGUCAAGUGCCUCCCGACUCUUUUGCUGGCACAUUUUGUGAUCGUCCAGUCUUACCGCACAGAGGUCUGGACACCCUACGCCCGGUGGAUAUUUCGAGGCUUGCUCUUCUCGGCAGCGGGAGAUCUGUGCUUGGUGUGGCCCAAGCUUUUUGUCCUGGGAAUGGCUGCCUUUGCCGCGUGUCACGUCUUCUAUAUUUCUGCCUUCGGCCUGUGUCCCCUCCGGCCCCUCACCUUGCUGCUGCUCAUGGGGCUGGGGGUUUCCAUUUACAUGUAUUUCCUGCUGCCCUGCCUGACAGACCUGUAUGUCGGGGCCGUGGCAGCCUAUGGAGGCCUACUCUGCGCCAUGGUCUGGCGGGCUCUGUCUCGUCCUGCCCAUCAGCUGACAACAUCCGUGGGCAGUGGCCUUUUCCUCGUGUCCGACAUUUUCGUUGCUCUCAAUAAGUUCUGCUCUUCGCUACCUCACGCUCGCGUAAUCAUCAUGGGCACCUACUACUCUGCCCAGGCUCUCAUAGCGGUUUCCGUCGCUUCUCAGAACGAUCACCGGAAAAGGAGCUGA